AUGAGGACACGGGGACUCGGGCAGCCGGGGGCAGCUCUGCCCUGAAAACCGAGCCCCCAGCGAGCUGCUACCUGCUGAAUAAUAGAGGAGCAGACGGGCAGCCGGAGAGAAACGUGAUCCUGGCGAGCCCGGGAAGACAUCCGAGCUGCCAGCAGCUGCCGUAACAUCCGCAGGGAAGGAGCUUUCCUCCUCGCUGCGUUCUGCGGCCUCAGGGCUCCUCUCUGCGUCCUCGGGGACGUGAGGAUGAGGACGGCCGCGUGAGCUGGGUGCGAGCUGGUUGCCGGGUGGGGAGGCAGAAGGAGCCUCCAUCAGCUCAGCCCCCAUGUCCAGGGGCGGGGAGAUGGUUUAUAUCCCAGACGACUCCGACUUCAGCUCGUUCAGGGAGCAGUGCGAGAGCGCGGAGGGCUGGCACUGCCGCUACAACAAGGCUGGCGUCACCGUCUGGAGCCAGGGCCAGGAGGAGAGCUGCACCGUGCAGAAAAUCAAGCAGACCCGCAUCUCCUGUAAGGAUGUCUCUGCUGAGACGCUCUACGAUGUGCUGCACGACACCCACUACCGCAAGAAGUGGGACUCGCACAUGAUUGAGACCCACGACAUCGGGCGCCUGACGGUUAACGCCGACGUGGGAUACUACUCCUGGAAGUGCCCCAGCCCCCUGAAGAACCGCGACUUUGUCACCCUGCGCUCCUGGCUGCCCCUGGGCAAUGACUACAUCAUCCUCAACUACAGCGUCAAGCACCCGAAAUACCCACCCCGAAAGGAUUUUGUCAGGGCUGUGUCCCUGCAGACCGGUUAUCUGAUCAAGGCCAAUGGUACCAGCGCCUGCGUCCUCUAUUAUCUCACCCAGGUGGACCCCAGAGGAUCUCUGCCAAAGUGGGUGGUGAACCGAGUCUCCCAGUUCGUGGCACCAAAGGCAAUGAAGAAGAUCUACAAGGCAGGGCUGAAGUACCCAGAGUGGAAGCGCAGGCACGACCCCGGGUACAAGCCCUGGGUGUACCCAGAGCAGAAUACACUGCCCAGCCUCAGCCUGGAUGAGCUCUCCCUGCAGCACGCUGACUCUCUGGAGCACAUUGAUGAGACAGGGCUGUCCGAGGAGCACCUCAGCGCCAGCGACCACGAGGCCUGAAGCCUGCCCUGGUGGGCCACCAGAGAGGGGCCACGGUGGGGAUUUGGCACCCUGUGCCUCCCACAUUCUUCAUCACAACUUCUAGUGGGGGGACUGUCCUGUGGGAGCCCAGUGCCCAGGCACUGAGGGGGGUGGUGGCGCAUGGAGAUGUUUCCAUGCGGGUGGCAGUGCAGGCUGCAAGAGUGGGUGCUCCAAGGGGGGGUUGAAAGACUGGGGGGAGGAGGCCCUGUGGAACUGAAUGAAGCUUUGCCACCACCAGAAGAUCCCUCUGCUGCUGUAAGACCUUCUGGGUGUGCUCCUCAAAGGUCCAGAAUGGAGGAUUUGUGUCGGACCAGCCCAGGUUUUGCAGCAGUACAGGACCAGAACUGUCUCCCUCUGUCACAUAUCUCACUCUCCAGAUCCCCCAAGGCUUUGUGUGACCCCCACCUCCGGAAGCCCCCCAGGUCCUCUCCUGGUGAUGGGUUCACCUCCUCAGGCUGCCUUUAGUGUUUGCUGCUGCAGUGGUUUCUGGCACAAUAA